AUGACCUUCACCGUCGGCAUCGCAGGCAUCACAGGCAAGUUUGCGCGACUUGUAGUCAAGAAUCUGCUGCAAACCCACGCUGAAGUCCACAUUCGGGGCUUUUGCCGCAAUGCCUCCAAGUUACCCGACCAUCUUCGCAGCUCCGACCGCAUCACAACGAUCCAGGGUGACUCCAUGAGCUUGGCGGACGCUCGGACGUUCGUGCGCGGGUGCCAGGUUGUCGUCUGCUGCUACCUAGGCGACAAUCAGUUCAUGACCAACGGGCAGAAAGUGCUCGUGGAUGCGUGCGAGCUCGAGGGAGUCCCGCGCUAUCUGGCGAGCGAUUACUGCCUCGACUUCACAAAGCUCGAGCUUGGCCAGCAUCCAGCCAAGGAUCCGAUGAAGCUCGUCAAGGCGCAUCUGGACUCCAAGACCACUGUGCAGGGGGUGCAUGUGCUGAUCGGCGCAUUCAUGGAGACCUUCUGGAGCGGGUACUUCGGCGUCUUCGAUCCCGCAAAAGCAACCUUCUCGUACUGGGGAGAAGGCGAUGAGGUUUGGGAGUCAACGACCUAUGGCACUGCAGCGGCAUUCGUGGCGGCCGUUGCGACAGACCCGAAUGCCGUCGGCCUGCAACACUUUCUGGGCGACAGGAAGAACAUCCACCAGAUCGCCGAUAACUUUGCUGAUGUCUACGGCAAGAGACCCCGGCUGGUGCGACUCGGGUCCAAAGAUGAUCUGUAUCAAAAAAUGCACUCGAUCUAUGAUAAGGAUCCUUCGGAUAUUUAUGCAUACCUAGCCUUAUUCUACCAGUAUUACUGUAUCAAUGGACAGACCUAUCUCAAACCAGAGUUGGAUAAUUCGAAGUACCCCACGGUGCAGCCAAUAACAUUCAAGCAGUUCAUGCAGGCCCACACGAUCGAGGAGUUGAGUGAAUCAUACCAGAAUGCGGGAUCGAACGUGUAG